AUGAAGUUGCCUAAAGACACCAAAUUCGACCAGUUUCCCAUGGAACUUCGAGACGAUAAAACUCCUUGGGUGGAAUCGCCAGGAACAAAAGCCGAAUCCAGGGUCUCGAUGCUAGUACGUCACCUUCUGGAGAACGGUUACAACGCGAACGACCGUCCAGUGUUAAACGAAAACGAAACGAUUAAUCUGACGAUCAGCGCAAACUCGCUCAGUUUGCUACGAAUGGACCAAGCAGAAGAAACCGCUACCUUCUCCGCGGAAUUCAUCCUUGAAUGGACGGAUGCUUUUCUCAAGUGGAAUCCGGAACAGCACGAUGGUCAGAGGCGGGUAAAAAUUAAAGAAGCCCAAGUAUGGCGGCCAGAUAUAACCGUCUCGACCAGUAUUUCAAAGGAGAUGCUUCUGGAUCCCAACGAGCGCUAUUUAGACGUCUAUUAUGAUGGUACCGUCAGACAGAGUUUUUAUGCAGUCUACACCAAUCUCUGCAAUAUGAAGGUUGACGAUUUUCCCUAUGACUCUCAAAUAUGUAUCAUUGACAUUGGUCCGUGGUCCUAUACUGAUGAAGAGGUGCACUGUAUUCCGGGAGAGAGCAUCGAAGCGCCACGCGACUUCUUCGAGGGUAACAGUGAAUGGGAUUUCAAGUCUCUCCUCGCGUCUCAGAAGCACUCAUGUGACACAUGCGAUUGUCAUUUCACUGACAGCCAGAUUCCACUCUAUGUGUCACGUCGUCCUCAGUUUUACUUGUGGGUGCUGCUGAUUCCUACUUUCGUCAUCACCACAGUCUCCAUCUUUGGUCUUUUCAUACCGACCAAUUCGUUGGGGGAUCGAGAAGAGAAGCUUUUCAGAAAAGUUCUGAAUUGUAGUGUGAAUUCAGGAAACUUCAUUCUGGCGGAAAUUUUCGUCGUCGCUGUCGGUGUGCUUUUCUCCGUGCUAACCGCUUACACUUCACCACAGAGCCAACACUCGUCGCUGGAGACCCAAGCCAUGGAUGCUCAGGAUUCUUGGAGUGACCGGUUCAAACAAGUUUAUUUCGAAGAAGUGCGAGCGAAUGAAGAGAACGAAGACGGGAGAUUCCAGAGCCGAGCUCUUGGAAAAUGCCCCAUGGUUGACUGA